AGUGCAGCAGCAGCAGAUUAAAGGCGGGAGAAGGAGAGGACAUGAGGACAGAACAGCAGCUGAUGAAGACAUGAAAACGUUCAUUAAAUCGAAUCCAACAUCUGGUGAAUAAGUGAAUACAUCGAGCCCAGAACUGGAUAUUUAGACCUCAACGUUUUUUUAAAUUAGAAUUAUAGCACAGAAAACCAGGGAGAGGAAUAUUCUGACUGCUGCACCUGCUGCAUGAAGUCCUCAGCAGUGAUUUAAGGGACAACAUCCAAUCAGGACUCCAAGAUGACAGCUGCCACAAAGCUUCUGGAUGAGAUGUGCCAUCUGACGGCUCAAUCUCUGACAGCGAUGGACACGUCAGAGCACUUCCAGGUCCUGAAGCUGCUGGGUGAAGGCUCAUAUGGAAAAGUAAUGCUGGCUGUGCAUAGAAAAAGAGGAACUCCAAUGGCGUUGAAGCUCUUCCCACGGGAAUCCACCUCACUAUUCUCCUUCCUCAGGGAGUACAAUCUCUCUUUGUCUUUCUGUACCCAUCCGUCUCUGACCAGAGCUCUGGGAAUCGCUUACUCCACGCCGUCACAUUACAUCUUCGCUCAGCAAGCCAGCCUCUUUGGUGAUCUCUUCGAUGUAAUCACACCAGAGGUGGGGAUGGAGGAGGACUGCUGUCAGCGGGUGGUGUCCCAGCUGUGUGGGGCUCUGUCCCACCUCCACUCCCUUGGUUUUGUCCACAGAGAUGUCAAACCUGAAAAUGUCUUUCUGUGUGACUCUGCGUGUCGAUGGGUCAAACUUGGAGACUUUGGCAUGGUGAAGGCCAGAGGAACCAGAAUCCCAGAGGUCUGGUAUAGUUCUCCUUACUGCACCCCGGAGGCUGAGAUUGCCCGAGGAAACGAGGACAGCUGGAGCAGCACAAAUGAUGAAAAUGGUAACUUUCAGGAGGAUGAGAAAAAGAAGAAAACAAAGAAGCAGAGAGUUUGGGCAUCGGUGGAGCCCAGCACAGACAGCUGGGCGCUGGGCAUCCUCACAUACGCCAUGCUCACCGGCAGUCACCCCUGGGCUGAGACAGCCAGCGACUGCUGCUCAUACGUAAAGUAUCGAGAUUGGUUUGAGAGUGCAGAAGGUCCUGAUGAUGAACUGGAUGUGUGGGUAGAACCUGAAACAGAGAGCUCACAGGGAGCCACUGAUCUGAAUGGAAACAGACAGAAGGACGGUUCACCUGUCGCCCCUCAGUUUGCCUGUUUCACACAGUUAGCCUGCUCCUUCUUCCAAUCGCUUCUCGACCCCAGGCCACAACUUCGAGGAAGACCUGAGGAUGCUCUGAGUUACCUUGGAGACCACUGGAUGAUGGAGAAAGAGAGGGUGAGACAGGAGAAGGAGAGGAAGAAGAACAAUGGGAAGACUGCAAUUAAAUCGGUGAAAGAGAUGGAGGGGAGAGGAGAGCGGUGAGCAAACAUGGUUAAAGAAGACUAAAGACUGUGUGAUCAGGAUGAAAAUGCAGUCAUGCUUGUAACUUAGCAUUGCACUGUUUUAAAAUGUAUCAACCUAAAAUCCUGUUUAUAUUCCUGAAUAUGAUUAUUGCAAGCUAUAUUUUUGUAAUUUUUGUAAUUUAAGCAAUUUUUUUUUUCGGGAUCUGGAAUGUGUGAAAACGUUAGUCACUGUUGUAGAAAUCAAGCUAUGCAGUCAGGAAAAGUAUGUUGCCUUAAUUUUUCAUAAUAAACUCUCCAAAGUUA